CAAGAUUGGGCUUUGGGUCCUAUAAGGGAAUGGGAUUCCUGCCUGCGCGCAUCGGAUAGUGCAUCAGCCCCAUUGAGAGAGACUAGAGAAACGUUCCAACAUGGAGGGGACACAGGGCCUCCUGGCCAUCUUCACCAUAGCAGCAUGUUUUCUAGUCAACGGAGCACAAAAAACAGUCUGCAAGGAAGAGGCCGUGGCAGACAUCGUCUUCCUGGUGGACGGCUCAUGGAGCGUUGGCUCAGAGAACUUCAAGCAGAUCCGCCAGUUUUUGUACACGCUGGUCAACAGCUUUGACGUGGCCCCCGACCAGGUGCGCAUCGGUCUGGUCCAGUACAGCAACACGGUGCGCACCGAGUUCCUCCUUAACACCUUCCAGGACAAACAGGACAUACUGCAGUACAUCAACAACCUGCCUUAUAUGGGUGGUGAAACCAAGACGGGCCUGGGCCUGGACUUCCUGCUGAACGAGCUCUUUGUUGACCGAGCCGGGAGCCGAGUGAACGAGAACGUGCCCCAGAUCGCCGUGGUGAUCACUGACGGCAAAUCGCUGGACAAAGUGGGGCUGCAUGCCCUUAAGCUGAAGAAGCGGGGCGUCACACUGUACGCCAUCGGGAUCAAAGAAGCAGACGAAGAUCAGCUGAAGGAGAUCGCCACUACGCCUCACGACCAGCACGUGUACAGCGUGUCGGACUUUGCCGCGCUGCAGGGGAUCUCCCAGAUCCUCGUCCAGAUGCUGUGUACUACCAUAGAUGAGGCAAAGAGACCGAUCUCCCAAGUGGUCCAAGAGUGCCGCAGUGCCACAGUGGCUGACAUUGUGUUCCUUGUGGAUGGCUCCACCAGCAUCAGCCCUACAAAUUUCCAGGAGGUUCGGAGGUUUCUCCACAGCUUCAUCGAGGGGCUGGAUAUCGGAGCGGACAAGGUUCGCGUAGGACUGGCCCAGUUCAGUAACGAGAUCCAGAAGCAAUUCCAUUUGGGUGAACAUACGGACAAAAGGGCCCUACUGGAACAAGUGGACAGGCUUCCACAGCUCGGGGGAGGUACAGCCACCGGCAAAGCCAUUACCGUCCUUCGGGAAGAGUUUUUCACCACGGCCAAAGGGAGCCGCGCUGAUCAGAGGGUGCCUCAGAUUGCUGUGGUGCUCACCGACGGGGAGUCUGUGGACGACGUAGUGCCGCCAGCCAAGGCGCUAAGGCAGCAUGGGGUCAUUGUGUUUGCUAUUGGAGUGGGGGCAGCCAACAUCACCGAGCUGAAGGCUAUCGCUAACAGGCCCCACGAGCAUUUCCUGGUCAGCAUUGAACGUUUCCAGGCCCUACAUACACUUUCUCAGGGUCUGCUGCAGACUGUCUGUGUCUCCAUGGAGAACCAGAGGAUGGCUCUGAUCCCAAAGUUCUCUGAUGUCUUCUUCCUGGUGGACAGCAAUAUGAUGCAGGCAGACUUCCAGCAGGUCAGAACCCUUCUGAUGCGAUUGGUCAACCAACUCAACCCGAGCAGUAAAACCACGCGCCUGGGUCUGGCCCAGUUUGCCCAGGACACCAAGGUGGAGUUCUUACUGAACACCCACAACACCAAGGAAGAGUACAUGGCGGCGUUCAAGAAAUUCAGGCUGCCGCUGCGCCCCAACAGGUCUCGUUACUUGGGCGAUGCCCUGGAAUACGCCCGCACACACUUCUUCACCACAGCGUCUGGUGGCCGUAACGAACAAGGCUACCGGCAGUUUCUAGUCACAGUGACAGGGGGGGAUUCGAAGGAUAACGUGAUGAAGGUGGCACGCACUAUCAAAUCUGAAGGGACAACCAUUGUGUCCAUCGGGUUGGGUGAAUCUACACUUCCAGAACUACAAGUAAUGGCCACCUCGCCAUUCUUUUACCAAACUACAUCCAUUGCCUCCGUGCUAAAGACUGUCUUUGAGACUGAAGAGGAGGUGGUCACUGUGACCGAUGAUUGCAGUGAAGCUUCGCUGGCUGACAUUGUGUUUAUAGUUGAUGAAUCUUCGAGCAUUGGAACUGCAAACUUCCAGCUGGUUCGUGGAUUCAUCCACAAGAUAGUGGACGGCCUGGAAGUGAACUUCAACAGGGUGAGGGUGGGCAUCGUCCUCUACAGCAACAAGGCCUCGGCUCAGGUCUACCUCAACUCCUUCCAAGAAAAAAGUAAUAUCCUUCAGUACAUCAAGAUCUUGCCCUACCGUCGCGGUCUCACGUACACUGGCGAGGCCCUGGAGUAUGCCAGGGAGAAGAUGUUUAUCAAGGAGAGGGGCAGUCGGAUAGAACAGGGGGUGCAGCAGGUUGCGAUUGUCAUCACAGACGGAAAGUCCCAGGACAACGUAACUUCUCAUGCUGCUGCACUGCGCCGAGCUGGCAUCACUGUCUACGCAGUGGGGAUCAAGGAUGCUGACGAGAACGAGCUGAGACAGAUCGCUUCAGAUCCCCCUAACAAGCACGUAUUAAAUGUGGACAGCUUUGCCAAGCUCAAGACCCUGGAGAAGAGCCUAAAGAGGAGUGUGUGCUACAACAUCCUCAAAAAAGCAGUCAAAGACAACGCAAGGACAUACACUGCCAAGCAAA